AAUAACCAAGGGUGCUGGCCAGCGUGCGCAGAGCCCGCCCACGACAUCUGCACGCAUCUAAUGCCGACCGCCGUGCGCGUCCGCCUACCAGCUAUCUAGUAGUAUCUACUGCUUCGUGCGUCGCACCGUCUCCGCGCCUCGACAACCUUUCGACCUCCUCGCAUGCGCAUACCACUUCUCGGAUCCACAAGCCACGCCGGCCAUAUCGAGCUAGUCUUCGGAUUAAGAAUAGCUCGUACAAUGCUGCCCGGUAUCCCUCGCUCCUGGCCGCGCAAUGUCGAAAGACUUGGUCGCCCAUUUUGUUGGACGAAGGUUGAGAUUUUGACGGCGCACCUGCUUGCUCGGCAUAGAUCCAUAGUUGCCUCGUCGCCCUGCGCGAAGUACAUCCCGAGCCUAGCCUUGCAAUACCUUCCAUACGUUGCACCUCUCGUCCGUUCCUCUCGCUCGUCGCUAGCCCUUCAUCUUCAAACAGAGACGGGCUGCGCGCAUGCGUUGCGCAUUGCUACGCUGUACGUUCAUCAUUUAUCCGCAUUACAGGACUCACUGCGCCCGUUAGGCCGUGUAUCUCACAGGUGUAUGUAUGCUCUUUUCACACCCACCUCUACUUCACACCGCCAUAAAUCGUGCGCCGUAUCAUCCGCAAGUGGACGACGCAAGACCCAACAAUUCAACGGAGGACCAUACCGCGCUCGGCCAUGCGACUGGGCUCCGACGCCUGCCCUGGGCAAAGGAUCGUAUGCUGUGGGUACAGAGUGGGUGAGGUCACCGGUGUCUACGAAAAUCCAGCCGGUCGUCGCGAAUCCUGUUCCUCUGCGCUUCGUCUAUCGCUUGCGACGAUGCCGCGCUACCUCGUCUCGCACAUGGAGUUGACGUGCGAUGGAGACAACAGCUGACACGUUAAUUGGCAGGCGUGUAGAACGCUACCGUACCGAGCGAACUGGCUCGUUCGGCAGUGCCUCCUAGCGUCCGCCGCGGUAGUAUAUACAUCAUCUCCACUCACCUACCGCACACGUCCCUUCGUCGCGCACAUCCAUGACACGGCAGCUCGAACGCUCG